GUACAAAAUCGAAGAUGCCGGGUUGAAGAAAUUCAUCGUCGGGAAGUUUUUGGACUUCAAAAUGGUGGAUACCAAGACUCUUAUGAGCCAAGUCCAAGAGUUGCAACUCAUCAUGCAUGAUAUUCAUGCCGAAGGAAUGAGGUUGAGUGAAUCCUUUCAAGUUGUUGCAAUGAUUGAGAAACUACCACCGCUUUGGAAGGAUUUCAAGAAUUAUCUCAAGCACAAACGCAAGGAAAUGGGGCAUGAAGAUCUUAUCGUGAGGUUAAGGAUUGAAGAAGAUAAUCGAAAGUCCGAGUCCAAAACCGGCAAGCAGCAAAUGGAGGCUAAAGCACACCUUAUGGAACCAAACAUGCAGGUUAGCAAGAAAAGGAAGGCUCAAGGAAGUGUUAGUGGCGGUGGAAAUGGAAGCAACAACGGCAAAGUAAAAUGGAAGCCAUAG